AUGGCCCAAAGUAUCAACCUGCAAUUGGGGUGGCCGUCGCCGUCACUCUUUCCAUCGCCUCAACUUCUCGACGGCGCGACAGGCGUACUCAACUCGCAAGCAAAAACCGCAGCCUCACUCAUCUACGGCCCAGACGCUGGCUACGAACCACUUCGGCGCAGUAUCGCAGCAUGGCUCACUUCCACGUACGGACGCGGUUCGGAGCUUUCGUUUGACCGCAUCUGUGUCACGAACGGGGCGUCGGGAAACUUGGAUAACGUUCUUGCACGCUUCACCGAGCCAGGCUACACACGAAACAUAUGGAUGGUUGAACCAUGCUACUUUCUGGCCUGUCCUAUCUUCAUGGACAACGGGUUCCAGGGGAUGAUGAAGGGUGUGCCAGAGGACGAUGAAGGGCUGGAUGUAGAGUUCUUACGACAAAGUCUCGCGGACGCGGAUAAAUCGACAAUACCCGAUCCAUCAAUGCGAAAGACGGGGGAAAGAUACAAGAAGCUUUAUCGACACAUCAUCUAUUGCGUUCCGACGUUCUCAAACCCAAGCGCGAAGACCAUGUCGCUUCGGCGAAGGCAGCAACUCAUUCGCCUAGCACGAGAAUUUGACGCCCUUGUGGUCACCGACGAUGUGUACGACAUACUACGCUGGCCAGCGGAUAAGGACGGAAGCUAUGAGAAUCUCGGUGACGUACCGCCGCGAAUUGUCGACAUCGAUCGCACCCUUGAAGGAGGCCCCAAAGAUGAAUGGGGUAAUGCUAUGAGCAAUGGUUCGUUCUCGAAGAUCAUAGCACCGGGUGUACGAGUAGGCUGGGCAGAAGCGACCCCUGCGUUCACGCUUGCACUGUCCCAAGUGGGUGCAACCAGAUCUGGAGGCUGUCCCGCACACAUGACUGCUUCAUUUGUCCAUGAGGUACUCGAGUCUGGGUUGUUGCGCAAGCAUCUUGAGGCCAAAGUUCUUCCGACGUUUCGGGCUCGCUAUUAUGCUAUGCUUGAAGGGAUAGAAACUUUUCUGGUUCCACUGGGUGUCUCUAUCUCUACCGGGAAGCCGUACAAUGAGUCUUCUGCGCAGGCUGGAGGCUACUUCAUCUGGCUACUGCUGCCACAAAGCCUUGCUGGAAAGGGUGCCGACUUGGCUGCCAAAGGAUUGGAGGAGUACAAUGUAAAGUUUGCAUACGGUGACAUGAUGCAAGUGCAAGGAGACUCUGCGUCCGCCGUUCGUGCUGCAAAGGGCUAUGGGAACGGAAUACGUUUAUCCUGGGCAUGGCACACAGAAGUAGAGAUUCUCGAAGGCAUCAAGAGAUUAAGUGCGGUGAUUGAACAAGCUAGCAAAGGGAUUUAA